AUGAAGCGAAAUCCGUCGGACGAUCCUGUGUGUUCCGACCAAGUGCCUCUUAAGUCCGGCUCCAGUCACCGAAGCUUCUCCUCCAGUCACCAUGGAUUCAACAGUCCUGAUGCCUCCGCUGCUCCAUCCCGGCGUGGCUGGUCACAACGCCUGGUUACCAAUCUCGUCGCGAUCCUUCGCUACGGAGUCGGUGGUGUGAAGACUCUGCUGAACGGGGUCCCGGAUAGCGACGAUACCUCGGCGAAAGUUAUCAGCGGAAAUGCUGGUUUCGACGGUGCGGAUGGGAGCCAGGGAAUUCAGGACAAGAAGAUCAACGGCUGGACGCUGCUGAGGAGGUUUUUUAGAGUGGCUCUUGCGUUCUUCACAGGCGAUUGCAAGUGGAAGGCUCGCGGGUUGAUGGCGCUGCUGCUCAUCUUCAGCCUCGGAACCACUGAGAUGUACGUUGUCAUCUCUUACACGCAGAGGGAUUUCAACACGGCGCUGUCAGCCAAGAAGCAGACCGACUUUUAUGAUGCGGUGUUCAAGUUUAUAAUUAUCAUAAUCGUCGCUGCGCCCUUCUUCGCUCUCUUCGACUACGUCCAGGAACUACUGUCCCUCGAGUGGCGCCUGUGGCUCACCAACCUGCUGCUCUCCAGAUACUUUGCCAACCACGCAUUUCUGGAUUUGAAGAUGGCUGGGAAACUGGACAACCCCGACCAGCGUAUCUGCGAGGACGUGAAGCACUUCGUCCGGACGUCCCUGAAUAUUAUCAUCACUCUGAUAGAGAAGAUGAUGAACCUCGUCGCCUUUGCCUAUGUGCUCUGGGACAUCUCCCCCCCGCUAGUCUGGUUUCUGCUGGCCUAUGCGGUCUCUGGCACGUUUGUGGUGGUCAGAGUGUUUGGCAAGCGACUCACCUGGCUGCAGUUCCAGGGCUUUCAACGGGAGGCAGACCUGCGUUACUCCCUGGUGCGAGUGAAGGACAACGUGGAGUCAAUCGCAUUCUACCGUGGGGAGGUCAAGGAGGAGGCGUCAGCUAAGUCUUUCCUGCACCGAGUGGCCCUCAACGUGCGCAACCGCCUCGUGCUGCAGUUCCACCUCUCCUUCUUCACCAACCUCUACGACUUUGCCACCAUCUUCGUCCCUGCGGUCAUUGUGGCCCCGCGAUACUUCUCCGGCGCUGUUGAGUUUGGGGUGAUCUCUCAGGCCAGCUAUGCGUUUCACACGGUCUACAAGGCACUCAGUGUCAUUGUCAUGCACUUUCACGCGUUCAGCGAGCUGGCAGCGGAGACAGAGCGUCUGGAGAGUCUACUCGCCUCCCUCUCCGACUUCGCAGCAGAUGAUGACUCUAGCAAGCUCUUCUCCCACGCCCACUCCCACGCCCCCUCGCACCCCCCUAACUCUUCUUCUCAUCCCUCUCACUCCUCUCACACUAAAUCAACCACCGAAGAUUCCUCCUCUCAUUCCUCCUCCACCUCCGCUCACUCUCUCGCUCUUGGUCAUUCCCUCUCUCUCCAGCCCUCCCACACCGGCCCCUCUUCCUCCUCCUCCCUCGCCCCCACCCUCACGGGACAAAGGCUUGCCACUCGUCACACUUCUGAAUCCGUACCUGCUCUCAUGUCAGCAGCAGAGGCAUCGGCAGGCUCUGUUGCUUCGGGUGUUUUGCCAGGUGGUUCCCAUGGGGAGGGUGCCCCGCUGCUGGAGUUGACUGCUAUGGGGGGAAGCACAGGUGGUGGCGGUGCUGCUGCUGCUGCUGAAAGAGAAGCUGCUGUUAUUGAAUGCACCACUGCAACAGGUCGCAUUCAGCGCAUAGAAGGCCCGUGCCUCACACUCUCCUCUGUCAUCAUCCGCACCCCCAACCUCCAAUUCAACCCUUGCCCCUCUGACCCCCCUCGUGCCCUCACUUCCCUCCGCCCCAGGUCGCAUUCAGCGCAUAGAAGGCCCGAGGUUUCACUUCCGGAUUUGGCUGAGCGGGUGGGGGGGCUCGCUGUGGAAUGUGACUAUUCUGACAUGCUUUCUAUGGGGGAGCAGCAGCGCGUGGCGUUCGCUCGUCUUCUUCUGCAGCGGCCGUACAUGGCGUUUUUGGACGAGGCGACGAGUGCGUUGGACGGGGCGAAUGAGGCGCGGCUGUAUGGGAUGAUGCGGGAGAGGGUGAAGUCGUUUGUCAGUGUGGGACACAGGACGAGUUUGAUUAAGUUCCACACGUUGGUCCUGGCGUUUGACGAGGAUGGCGAGGGGUGGGAAGUGGUCACUUCAGAGGAGUUUGGGAGAAGAAAAGGGAUCUGA